GGCGCUGCGGGCACGUGGCGGCGGCGCGAGCGGGCCGUGCAGCCGCGCAGGCCCAUGGAGAUCCUCACCAGCAUCUACGCGCUGCUCUCCGGCGGCCAAGGAGUGAACCCCAAGAUCGACUCGAUAGCGUUCCGACUUCACUGUGGCGCGACCACGGCGGCGCUGCUCGCAGCGAGCGCGGCCCUGACCACGCGCCAUCUAGUGGGCAACCCUAUAGACUGCAUACACACAAGGGACAUCCCAGAAGACGUACUAAACACGUACUGCUGGAUCCACUCCACAUUCACGGUGGCUGGCGAGGCAGGCACAGGGGCCGUACCCAGGCGUGCGCGGCGCGGGCACGUCCCCCAGGCGCUACGGGAAGUACUACCAGUGGGUCGCGUUCACACUCUUCUUUCAGGUCAGUGCCCUACUCUUUCUGUGUUUAUUCUUCAUUUAGGAACAAUGCAACAAUUUUUACAAAGAAAGAAGCGUGCAUUAUGA